CUUUCUACUUUAAUGAUAAAUGGAAUUAUAUUUAAUGAUACUAUGUAUCGUGUUGAAGUACGGAAUUUUGUUUUGGAUGCCCCCGCAAGAGCAUUUAUAAAAUGCAUUAGAGGACAUACGUCAAGAAAAGUUUGUGAAAAGUGUCACGUCACUGGCGUGCGCUAUAAGAACAGAGAAGUUUUUCUAGACCAUGAUGCAUUUCUUCGCAAUGAUGAAGAGUUCAGAACAAAAAUAGAUGCUGCCCAUCAUAUUCCUGGGAUCACGUCUCCGUUAGAAGAAAUUGGGAUUGGUAUGGUGUCUCAAUUUAGGUUGGACGAAAUGCAUCUUCUGUAUAGCGGAGUUUUUCAACGGUGGUUGGAGUUUGUUUUGGGAAAACAAGGGCCAAAUCGAGGACAAAUUUCAGCACGUGACAGGGCUGCUGUUUCCGCUGCAAUGGACAACAUUAAACCUCAUAUUCCAGUCGAAUUUUGCAGAAGGCCUCGCAACUUAUCCUAUUUCGGAAGAUACAAGGCAUCAGAGUUUAGAAGGAUUCUCCUGUACGAUGGAUUAAAAGUGUUCAGUUUGCUUGAUCGAAAUCUAUACACGAACUACUUAUUUCUGCAAUGUGGAGUGUACAUUCUUUCAAGUCCCCUCUUAGUUAAAAAGGACGGUAUGAUUCAGAUAGCGGAUCUCCUCCUCCGUUCAUUUGUUUAUCAUGCUGCGGAUAUCUUUGGAAAUGAAUUUGUCACUUAUUAUAUUCAUGCACUUUGCCAUUUAGCUACGGAAUGCCGCACUCAUCUGGCUCUUAGUAAUUUCAGUUCGUUUAAGUACGAAAAUUACUUAGGUGUCAUCAAGCGUUGCCUAAGGGCAACACACAUGCCUCUUCAGCAACUUUACAACAGAGACUUUGAAAGAGGAGGCCGACUCAUGCAGAAAAACAUAAUUGACGAAGAGCGCAUUGAACUAAGUAAAAAACAUUAUGAGGAAGGCGAUGAAGUAGAAAAUUAUUCCAAGUUGACGAUGCAUGGAAUGAUACUUUCCACGUCAGAAGCUGAUUGUUGCUUUCAGUCAAAAAGUGGCGAGACAUGGGCAUCUGUAAAAUAUCGCAACUUGAAGAAGCCGAAAAAGUCUGGUCUCUUAAUCAAGUUCUCCAGAAAUGCAUUCUCAUUCCUGCCGAUAAUAGUUAUCUGUGUAUUCCGCUCGUUCAUGCUAGGCAAGAGUAAAAUAAGGUUUUCAGUUGUUGUUUGGCCGGAUGGAGGCAUAUGCGUGGUAGCAACUAAAUGGAUGAAUAAAUCUAAAGAGACUGUCGUGUAUCCUACUAAAACCAAAUGCCCUACGAGAUUGGUAAUGUCUCUUGUGGAAGCGCAAGAAGACUGGGAAGAGUUUAACAUAGAGUUUUUGCACAGUUACAAAACUUUUAAUCUGGCUCAUAAAGCCGCUAUAUUGGCCGCCGAAGAUCAACCUAUUGACUCCAACAUAGAUACUGAUUACGAAAAACCGCGGAAGCGUCAACUUCCGACCAGAUUUACUCAGAGUUCUGAUGAUGACGAUUGGGAGCCAGAAAAUAUGCAUACAAAACGUAAACGGCAUGUUGCAGGAGGAUCCCGUCGAGAAAUACAACGUUCGGAGAACGAGGAGCGUAAAGACUGUCAAAAUGUCUCUCAAGUAAAUAGCAUACCAGCCCCUGCAGCAAAUAUCAGGGAGCAGCUCGCUGCAUUGAAAGCCCAAGUUUCUCAUUCCAAAAAAGCAUUGAAAUCCAACGAAUCUCAUUUGAAUACAAAAAAGAAAGUUUUGACUGUGAAGAAACUUAUCAAAGUAGUAAACGAUAAAGCGUCUCCCAGAAAAUCACAACCGGAAGAAAUUCUCAUCAACUAUGGAAAGAGUCCUGCAGAUACAGAAAACGCAAAUGCUGCUGAUCUUCCGUGUACAUUCCAACAUACAAACCUUCAUACCUCCAACCUGUUUAAAUCUCCAUUGGAUAGUGACAAUAUGACUUCCGAUUCAGAAAUGUUGCCCGCGACGCAAACAUCAGCAGGGUCUAAAGUUUCUCCCACACUGCACCAGAUGAGAGAUCAAGAGGAGCAGAGUGAAGUUUUCCAAAGCAGUGACGAUGAUAUUAUACGGAAAUUUGAGUAAUACAGGUCUGCACAACAAGACUUUGAUAAUAGGGAGAGUUCAGUGAAAAUUGAUACCGCAAAGUCGUCCUCGAAAGAUUCUGGUGACUUUUCCCGCAAGAAGGGACAAAGAAAUGUCGAGAGCACAGAUAUCGCAUCGGAAAUUAUUGACAAUAUUGUCAAAGUUCAAGAAGAAAUACGUAUCAAGCUUGACCACUUAGAUGUCAAGUUAAAAUAUU